GAAGGAGCAUUAGAACUUGUCCUUACCAUGAAUGCUUUUGGCUUGAUACAGAUUGGCCUCAUGUUGUCAAGCACCACCAUCAUCUGCAGUCUUCAGUGCAGCCACCUCCCUCUGCAGCAAAGGAAAGUGAUCGAGAACAGCCUGCGACUCCUGGAUAAAAUGGGAAAAGAGUUUCCUCAACAAUGUCUAAGAGAGAAAACGUCCUUCAGAUUUCCUGCGCAGGUUCUGCAGCCCAGGCAGAAAGAGAAUGUAGGAGUUGCCAUUGAAGAGAUCUUCCAACAUAUCUUCUAUAUCUUUAGCAAAAACCUGACUCAAGCUGCUUGGGAUGGAACAGCUCUGGAUCAGUUCCAAAAUGGACUUUAUCUGCAAAUUGAGCAAUUGGAGGCAUGUGUAGUCAAAAAGCACACCCAACACCAUUGGAGUAAAGAAGUCAGCAGGCUGAAAUUGAAAAAGUAUUUCCGAAAAAUAGACUGUUUUCUUAAAGACAAACAACAUGACCUGUGUUCUUGGGAGAUCAGCCGUGCAGAAAUGAGGAAAUGUCUCCAAUUGAUUGAUAAGGCGACAAGGAAACUUAAAAACUAA